AUGACAAGAAAAAAAGGGGUAGACUCUGCCAAGGCUUCUCAACAUGGUAGCAACAAUGGAGAAUUUCUUCCACUUUCCGUUUCUGAACUAGAAGCAGCAAAACUAGCGUUGGUAAAAAUCGUGCAACGGGAAUGGUUUCAGGAUGAUAUUCGUCAUAUUUCAAAAUUCGGGGGAGCACAAACUUUAGCAUCAAUUCGACAAGAAUUUUGGCCGUGUUCAGCUCGAAAUCUCAUACGUCACGUCAUAAACACAUGUGUAAUAUGUUUUCGCAAUUCACCAAAAUUGUCCACUACUUUAAUGGGUGAUUUGCCUGAAGCUCGCGUCAAAGGAGGCACACGACCAUUCGAGGCAUGUGGUAUCGAUUACGCUGUUCAUUUGGAAUUGUCGAGUGAUCUCACUUCUGACGCUUUCUUAAAUAUACUUAAGCGAUUUAUCGCAAGAAGAGGACGUCCUAAUCAUAUAUAUUCCGAUAACGGUUUAAACUUUGUUGGUGCCGAGCGCGAACUCAGGGAAUUGUUUAAUCAUAAAGAAGCUAAGCAACAAAUUAUUGACAACAUGGCAAAUGAACAUAUACAAUGGCAUUUUAUUUCACCAAGGGCACCACACAUGGGGGGUCUUUGGGAAGCCGCCGUGAAGGCCGUUAAAUUUCAUCUUAUACGCAUUGCUGGAGAGGCUUCUUUAAGACAUGAAGAACUCAAUACAUUAUUAGUACAAAUAGAAGCAAUCCUCAAUUCGCGACCGUUGACACCGCUAUCAGCAGAUCCUAACAAUUUUUCGGUUCUUACUGCCGGUUAUUUUUUAAUAGGAUGUCCUCUCAUUGCGUACCCAGAACCGACUAUCACAGAUCUAAAUAUCAAUAGACUUGACCGGUGGCAACGCGUCGAACAAUUGCGACAACAAUUUUGGCUACGCUGGACGAAGGAAUAUUUACAUGUCUGUCAGCAGCGCAGUAAAUGGAAUACCAUUACAAAUCCCAUGCAAAUAGGACAACUUGUUAUUGUAAAGGAAGACAACUUGCCUCCUUUAAGUUGGAAAUUAGGGUGA